CAAUGUUGUCGCCCAUAUUGUCCGCGAAAUAUUUUAAGUCAGCGACAGUAGCAACUCUUUGGCCAGCGAAAUUUGUCGCCUUUUUACGUUGAUUGUGAUUGAUGUUAACAGAAAGUCCUUUCAUGGUUUGUAUGUAGAAGAACCAUGACUGAGGACGGUCCACGUCGGUCAAGAGGAAUAACUUUGCAGUGCGGUCUGGCUCGGGAGACCUACGGUUUUGAAGGGAAAGAUCUUAACGCUCUGAAGGAACUGGCAUGUUCGUUCCUCGACCAAAAGGUACAAAUCGCUAACCCGCUACUUAGGCCAGGUGCUCUCAGUGCCGUGAAAUUGUCACUGAUUUGAAAAUCUCAAUCUUAUGCUCGUGGUUGGGGUCUCUCGUAGUGUGAGUUUGUCAUUUGGAAACGACAAUUUGACUGACGAUUUGAUCUGAUCAAUCGGCGUUGCAUGUUUUUCAAACGUUAUUUUUCAUUGAGCUUAUCUAACCGCUGUUCUUUAUAUUCAACACCAUCCCUUUAAAAUUCCCCUGACCGCGAGGGUUAUAUUUUUUGUUUUAGUUUAUUUAACGGAUUGUAUAGGCAUAAGCUUUAAAUGACAGCUCGUGAAGGCCACUCUCAGUAAAUCAUUUUGUAUUUAUUUGUUAUCAUCUUAAGCUUGUAUGCUACACAAUCUUUACCCUACUUCGCGGGCAAGAUAUCUCAACUCAACCAAACCAGUUCGUGUGGCUGCGAAAGAAACAACAGGCGGCUAUAACAUACAAACAAUGUCAUAUAUAUAUUUUCAGUUCAUUCAACCAAGGGUACCCAAGCAAGACUUGAGCUUACCAUAUUAUUGGCAACCAAUUUUGCCCGGCAAAUUUUUUUUCGAAAACGUGUCCCUUAACGAAGAAGAAUGGAUCUAGAAAUAUAAUUUACGUCGCUGUCAAGAGUACAAAAUCUGCCAUUUAAAAACCCAUAUUGUAUAUUAAAUGUGAAGUGAUUGAUCUACAAUCGAGGCAUUAGUUUCGAAUGUUGUCAAGAUCUUAGAUCGUAACGACGCCCAAGCAAGUAUCAGCCGUAAAAUUGCGUUUGAAUAUGUAGUUUAUUGCCGAUUUUUCAUGUACGUUCCACAGAAGUCGUAUUAUUGAUAUUGUCCGACGUUUUUUGCUGGGGAAAAAUUUGGAAAUGCAGAAGAAAGACAAAAAAUCGAGCAUCGAGGCAGAUAUUGCUGUUCCUACUAAUUCGAACUUCCUGUUGUAAAAAGGGGCCAUUCGGGUGAAUAUAGAUUAGAACAAAACUACUCCAUACUGUUCGAAAAAUAUUUUCUUAUUUUCUAAUGGAUUCGAUGCUUAAGGCUAUUAUAAUAAACUCGGGUUACACAUUUGUGUUCUCUAAAAAAUAUACAGCGAACGAGUUUUGCAUACUUACUUGUAGCUUCAAUUUUAAAAUAAUAACAUGUGCCCUGUGAAACAGUAGCGUCAUGCAUAUAAAACACGCGAUAACGAAAAUUAGCUUGCAGCAUGUUAAGAAUGCAUAUUUUAGCCUCAUCUUAAAAAAAUAUUGACCAGUUUAUUUGAAUUAUCAGUGAUUAUUUUUUUAUCUUAAUUUCUCGCUUACAGUAAUGUUCAAAAAGUAAUGUUUAAGGGGCAAAGAGGUAAACCAGAUGCUAAAAUGAUGACCAAAAUUAGUUAAUUUGCGUGAUGGUUUAGUGAAAAUUAAAGUUUUCACUUUCUCAAAGCAGCUGUUUGAAUUGAACUUGUUAAAUGGUUAUUAGGAAGAGCUAUAUAGUUUAUUUGUUAAAUUUAACAAUUUGAGUUUUUUCCUAUUUGUCCAUUGCAUUGCUACCCACAGUUUUGCCGAAUCUGUAGUCUACAUGUUUGAUAACAGACAAAUAAAAUAUUAAUAAGUGGCUAGUAUUGUAGUCUAUGCUUAUCAUUUAAGUUAUAAGAAAAUACCAGAUGAUGCUGGAUAUGAGAUGUCUGUAAAAUGUUUUCAUUAAUUCACUUGGUAGAAUGUAUCUUAGGCUGUUCCCAGAGAAAAUGACUUUGGCCAGUGUCCCGCUGAUGCUUCAUAAAGCUUGAUGACAGGUUUUUUUGGGCAUCAGGUGACAUUUAUAUUAGAAACCAUUAAAACACAGACGAUGUUAUAGCAUGAUUUGUUGCUGUCUUGAGCGACAAAUUUCUGAGCUGCAUUUUUAACAAUGAGUUCUGAGCAGCUGUUUGUAACAUAAGUGAUAGACUACGUUGGGUAUUUUCCUGCAAAAUCAGUUCAUGCUCCUGACAUCAAGUAUUAUGUCUCCUUGCAUAUAUUACCCAUGAUACAGAGCUCUCAAGUCUCACUCAUUAAGCAUUAAACUCAUGCAAACCAAUCCAAUCGUGCGCUCUCACGCUGAUUCAGCCAAAUGUUUAUUUCUCAUGUAUUUGAGGUCUCUGAAUUGAGAAGUUGAAGAUUGCUGCUUUAGUUGGGUACGUAAAUAAUUUUCAAUCUUACAGGCUAUAAUAAUAAUUAUUUUACUCCUUGUUUUCUGUUUCACACCAAUCAGUCGGUUUAAUGACUAUUGUACCUGCUCCUGCUCUUGGUGACAGCAUGUACAUGUACAGCAAAAAGGUUUGGUGUCAUAACAUGUUAAUAUCAUUUCUGGAUAAUUCAAACUGUUACAUAAGUGUUGAUUUUUGUUAAGUUAUAGCAAAACCUGAGAUCUAAAUACUUUCUUGAAGGCAGCACAUUUCCACUCAGAAUAAAGGAAAACACGUAUUAGCUAUUUCAGUUUCUCCGAAACUUUCUGAAGAAGCGUGCCCCUCAGACUCCCAAGGAUGGUGGCGACUGCAAAAAAACUCACUCUUUGUCAUCAAGUUAACGUGAGAGCUCCGCAUGAUACCAGGGCAUUAUGCUGAAAAUUAUGCUUGGCUGGAGACUGUCAUUUAAUGCCUGUCAUUAUGCUGGAACAAAACGACACUCUUCCACCUCGCCCUCUGCUGAUAGGUUUUUUUUACAAUGCUUUUGGUUCCCCUCUGAUGCUUCAUUUUUUCCACUAUAAUGCUCAGUAUUGCUUAUCAUAUACAUGUACAGAGGCUUUUUUAAUGUUCAUUGUAAACAACAAAGUAUCUGAGUUAAUGUUUUUCAUAGACCAAAAGAUAAUGGUCUAAACAGCUUUAUAAGGGUUACAUUUGAGCUUUGUUUUAGAUUUUGACAUUAAGUGCUCAUUUUCUCAUUAAAAAAUAUUUUCAAAUUCAUUUCCUCUCAAAAAAAAACAAACAAACAAUUUUUUUGGAAAAAUUCCACUAAAAUGCUGGAAUAAUGCAUCAUUCUUUGGUUCACUAAAAUGCUCGAAGAAUUGCGAGCAUAAUGUGCAAAAGUCUAUCCUGUGUCCUACACAAUCUUUCACUUACUUUGCAAAGAAAAUGUCUGGGAAGCCUAGCCAUUGAGAUAACCGUGCCAUGUAUUUGUCGCCAAAAAUGUUUUGCACACAAGUGUCUAAUGAUCUUCAAAGGUAUUCAGUUCCUAAAAUGUCUGUGCUUUUAUUAACGUUGUACAUUCUCGCUGGUAUUGGCUAAAACAAGUUAUUGAGUUAUUGACUCCUUUUCCAUGAAUUUAACUAUUAUUUGGGAUGAAGAAUAUUUAACUAUUAUUCUUUGAAAUCAAGGUGAAUAGUGGCAGAAUAUUUACUAACCUGUGAAGCGGCGAGGUAAAUAUUACUAAGGCCACCAUUCUAUUUUUUGUUGUUUCUCGCAAAUGCUGUCAAUGAUGGCUACGAUUGAGGAGAGCGUUGUUUAUCUGUAGUGUUUUUUUGCAUUGUUUACUUGCUGGCAUGUACAAUUUUGGAAAAAAUAUUAGCUAGCUUUCCUUGUUUUCUUCAUAAAUUAACUUCCCUUUUUUGGCAAAAUUCGUCUUGCAAGGAAAUCCUGAGUUCACAAAACGGUGACUAAAAUAUUAUUAAUGUCCUCGCUCUUCUGUGUAGGGAUAAAAGUUGUUUCAAGCGUAUAAAAAGUCAGCUACAGUGAAUCACUGCACAAUAAAUCACCCUCUUUAAACACCAUGAAGUUUUUUCUCACCUUCAAAAACAUCAGCACUAGGAUGUCAUUGUAUGUUCAAAAACUUCUACCUCUGAAACUUUGGCAAAACACCCAGUCAGAUUGCUUGAAUCACCGAGAUCACUGAUGUUUGUUAUAUCGAGGAUCUACUGUACAUGGGUUUCAGCUCUGCAAUACAACAUAUGAUUAUGCUAAGCAGUAAGAGUUUUUUGCCAACAUGAUGUGUUAUUCCUAAUGCCCCAGGCAUGAAAAAUUGUUGGUAAUUCUUACAAUGUAUGUCGCAGGGCAAAUCAUUCCUACCUUUGCUUUGAAGCCACAUCCGUGAAGGUUCGUUUGCUAACAAAGUCUUUUUUUGGCUCUUGGUGGUGACGAGACAAACCUAUUGUUAGAUCUAAGGUCGUCUGUAGACUUUGUCUUGAAAUUUAUCGGGUCUGAGAGGUAUUUUGGCCCAUAUUGUGUAGAUGACUUUGAAAUUAAUAAAACAAUGAUGAUCUUGAAUUAAAAUACAAUCCUAAACCUAACCAGUAGCCAAUGUUAAUUAAACAACUGUCAGUGGCAUUGUGAUGAAGAUUAUGCAGGCAUAAUCCAGUAUAUCCAAAAAUCAUUGCAAAAUGAUACAAAUGUAAUGACUAGUGUCACUACUCUAAGUUUUGACCUAUGAUGAAUUUGUAGUGAUUUGUUUGAGAUAAAGGAGAUAUUUACCAGGUGGUGAGCAUCAGAUUUUAUGUGUAGUUUCAUGUGACUUUUGAUAACCUUUGUUGUAAACAAACCCAUUCUCUCUCAGAUACUGUACUUGUACGAACUACAAGUCACUAUUUCAAGUUCACAUUAACUUAUAUUUUUUCCUUCCCUUUCACUUGUACUGUUUGAAAAUUGAAUUGAAAUCUGACCCUCAGAAGGUGAAUUGAGCAGAACAUUUGAGGGGGCUACAUGUAGGCUAAAUAAGACUGCCCAACAUUUUAAAGCUUGAUUGUAUUUUUGUAGUUGCGUGAUUCAUUCUAUGAAACAACUCUAUUAUUUUAGCUACAUAUAUAAACAAAAGCUUUUCAUGGCUAGAAGUAUCUUAAUCUAUUGUAUGCCGGUCUACAAAUAAAUCUUAGCAUUGCUUGGAUUGGUCUGAAUUACCAGCUGUUAUGUAAGAACCUGUUAAUUCUUACUUAGGAAAAUGCAAGUUGUGCGUAAUUACUGUUUUAAAUACAGAAAAAACUCGUAAAAUUUUUACAGUAGGUGAUUCUUUAUAUUUUAAUAAGUAUUUUUUGGUUUGAUUUCAUUCCAGUUCUCGGACCACUCGUGUAUUGGCAUAGCUGAUAAAGUCAUACUGUUUGUACAUAACUACUCCUCAACAAACAUCUUGGAAAAGUUAACAAGUGUGGAGCAGCUCAAUGAGGCAUCUGUUAUUGAAGUGGUUGUUUCAGGUAUGUUCAGAUAUUAUGUUCAUGAAAGCCCUAUCAACCCUUUGAGUCCCAAUAUCCACACGCAAAUUCUCCAAACUGAUCUCUAUACUUUGUGUUUAAAGAAUUUCUUUGCUUUGUUUUGACAAAAGAUCUGGCUUUUUCUGAAGGUGAUCAUUUUAUCAGUGAUCACCUCCUACUUAAAAAUCUAUGGAUAUCGUUGGGGGAAAAUUGCUGUUGGUCACUAGUGGGACUUCAAGGGUUAACAUUCAGUACACAAGAAUGUACAUGAUUGUAUAUGUGUGAUUUGAUUUCUAAUUUUGCUUGUAUGUUGGAUGUCGAGCAAAUUUUGAAUGUUAAUAAUUUAUCAAAUACUGUCAUGACCAAAAUUGUUUCAAAUACCUACUUAAGAGUCAAGUGGCUGGAAUACCACUUGAGUCAUGGUAGCAGAAGAUUAAACAAGAAAUCCUUAUUGUUGGGUUCCUUUGGGAUAGAGCGGUUUUCACUUGACUGUCCUAAAACCAAAACCAAAGUAAAUACACUAGCCAACCAAAGGGCGUAGUAAAACCAAAACCAAAACCAAAACCAAUUACUUUCGACAGUCAAGUGAAAACCGCUCUAUGAUCCUGAUCAGGAUCAGUGAUCCAAGACCACUCGGACCAUGGUACAUCAAUGAAGCAAUGAAUCCUUUUCCGGGGUGGAUUUAUCCAGGCAUCUGAUUGGGUGCGAUAAAAAAUCAGAAAUUGUGUGAUAUUUUCUGGUUAGAUUAUGCGAUAAGAUAGGACUAUUAUGCGAUAAAUUGUGAUUUUGUCAGGGCUAAUUUACAUUGUUUUACCAGGUUUCAAAGGAGAAAAACCACUUUAAUGUUGUCUAACAGGCAAUUUGAAUGUAAAGGAAUGAUAAAACAUCUAUUUUAAAACAAAAUAGUUAAAAAAUUUUGAUCCAGAAAGGAAAAAGGACCCUUGCUUAAUAUUACAUAACGUUGUUACACCACUGACCACACUGCUUGUCUCUGAGAUCAAAAUGGCUGCCCAGAUACCGCGAUCAAAGGUUUCAGAUGUCUUGCAAGGCUUUAUUUAGUGGUAAAUCACCUUAAAUGACAUUAAGAUUGGGAAAAUGUUUAAUUAAAGUUAGAAUUCCUUUUUUACGAAUUAUGCGAUUUUCCUCAAAUUAUGCGAUCGGAUGCGAUUUGAGGUCAAUUGUGUGAAAUUGCACCAUUGCGUAAUAUUAUCAGAUGGCCUGUUUAUCAGUUCCUUUCAAAUUGAUGUGCUGUGAUCCAAGUAAUCUUGGAUCACUGAUCCUGAUCUGGAUCAUCCCAAUGGAAUGCAACCAGAGAUUUGAAACUAAGCUGAGUUCUAGCCAGGGGGAGAGGGGGAGGGGAAGGCUAUUUGGGGUCAAUCUUUGCUGGUUAUACACUGCUGGCUUCUUAGAAUCUCUACCCCAGUAUUGUCUAUUGUGUGGCCAGUUAUACACCCCGUCUUAGUCACCUUUAGGCAGAUGUAAUUUAGUUUGCCAGCAAGUCUAUUUAUGCAUCUGCCUUAUAAAGCCUAGUACACUGUACAUAUAGGUCAGUCAUCAAAAAAAAUUAAUGAAUUCAAACAUUUUUUCAAAUUCCUACAUUGUAGAUUUUAAAAAAAUAUUCUUAACCCAAAAUCGGGGAAGUGUGAUACCCAUUCUAGUAACUUUUGUGAAAGUGUAACCCCACUAUAGUCAAUCCACUCAUGAAAAUGCAACCCCAGCCCAUCCAGCAGCACAUCCCUAUUAGCCUGUUACAGCUGUACUGGGAAGUACCCUCCCUGAGGCUGAGUUUAGAGGAAAAAUGGAGGUGUCAGAUACAUUGUAGAGAGGCAGUGGCAUGUGGCUCUCCAGCGGCAGCCCUAAUACCUGCCUCUGGUUUCAAAGGGUCUGUGCCUCAUGCAUUAGACUGUUUAGCCAGCAGCGGACUUGUGGGAUGGUCCCCUCCUUCCUUCGAUCCUUGCGUGAAAGGCAUCAGCCGUCAAUACAAAAAGUUUGGUGCAUGAAUCUUCACAUAACAGCCUUGACAUUAAUUUUUCUUACAUGGCCGUUACGUCACUUAAAUGUGUAGUCGCGCUGUUCCAAAGUUCAUCUCUUUCUGUAAAUUAUUUGUCAAAUGUUGGCAUUUUCAGGAGUUGAAUUCUAACAGACUGUAUCGAAGUUCAGGAAAAGAAAAAGUGAAGUUAGGCAUUUUCAGGUCGUAGUCGUAGAGUGACGGCAAACAAAAUAAUGUACAAAAAAGCGUGAUGCACGGGCAGAGUUGUUGUUUUGCCAAUUUAAACCUAUUGCAUUUUUGCCGUUCUUGUUGACGUCACCGCCCUCGUUGCUUAAGCUCCCUUAUGUUGAUAAUUAUAGUGGCAGAAGUAUUACUUUAAGUAUUAUGUUAGAGCAAUUUUCGUAUGACCUUGAAAUGAAAACGCGCGAACAAAACAAAAACAAUAAACGAACGGAAAUAAAGCGAUUUGAUUGGUUUAUCGAACGGAUACAAAAUCACCUGGCUUUUGGUUGGUUAAGCUAACGUUCGGCUGAAAAAACUUCAAGUCAAGUCAAGUCAAUUUUUAUUACAAUUUCAUGCCCGAAGAACUUUCUAGAAAUCGCUUUGACGUCAUACUGCAACACGAUUGGUCAAUCGAACAAUGCCUUCUCCAUAUUAGGGUUUUCUUUGGCGGGAAAACGAAGAGUCCAUGUUUUGUUCUUUUCAUCCAUUGGCUGAUAAAACAAAUAGCACUUACGGAAACCAUUUUUCAAGGUCAUACGAAAAUCGCUCUAAUGGGUACCCUCUGUGCUCCAACAGUCCCCUUUCAGUCACCUACCCCUAGCUUAUCUCUUGUUGAUAGUUUUAAUAGGGCACAAUUUUAGUUACCGUUAUUUUCUGUUGAUAAUUUUUCAAUGCCACUUGUUUUGUAGCAAAAGUUCCCGAGGAUGAGACAAUCAUUCGACCACACCUUCUGACGGUCCACUCCUACAGAUCUCCUACAUUUUGUGACUUUUGUGGUCAGAUGCUUUUUGGCCUCGUAAAACAGGGACUCAAAUGUGAAGGUAUGAAGGCCACGGUCAAAGUCAUUAGACACCUCAGGAUCAGGGUUUGGCCAUCUUCCAGCAAACGGCAAACCGCGGUUUGCGAUUAGUGGUUUCACGUUGCCCGUCUGUCCCAGUCCAUCAUUUGGGACUUAAGAUUUAAAAGGAGGAACGUAUGGACAAACUUGAAGAAGAGUGAAACGGAUUAUAAUCGUGGUUUUUUGAUAACUUGUUAGCCUAACCCUUUUUCAAAGUUCAGUUAUCUUGUUUGUGACGUUUGGUAUAAUGCUAAGGAGACAUUAUUUGUGUGACACGAAGCUGUAAUUUUGCCAUUCACAACUAAUUUCUCAAAUUAUAUACACUGUAGCCAAAAAGGCCACUGGAAUUAUCAAAAAAAAAAUGAACUAAACGGUCAGGACACAGCCACUUUAAGGUCUUUGUUGUCAAAACUAAGUGCCUUCUCCAGUCUCUCAUUUUCAUACAUGUUAUCUGUGCAGUCAACGAUGAAUGUCUUCUGCUUUCAGGCUUCUUCUUUCCAAUUGCUUAAAUUGGAAAAUUAACUGCGAUGAUCAUUCUUCACUCUCAUCUACUACCGCAGUUCAAAAAUGAAUUAUUUCAUAUAGUUAUACUUCACAUCAUUUCACUCCUCACGGGAGAUAUGAACUCAAUAAGUUGACCUCACUCCCAAUGUGUGGCUUCAUAGCUCAGUUGGUAGAGCAACGCACCGGUAACGCGGAGGUCACGGGUUCGAAUCCCGUUGAAGCCCUGAUUUUUUCAGGCUUCUUCUUUCCAAUUGCUUAAAUUGGAAAAUUUACUGCGAUGAUCAUUCUUCACUCUCUUCUGCUUUCGUUGCAGGAUGUGGCGGUAAUUAUCACAAGAAAUGUGCAUACAAAAUACCCAAUAACUGUUCAGACUCAAGACAUCGCACUAGCUCCACCAUAGUAAAUAGUCCUUCGAAUACCAACACCCUUCCGAGGCCGUCAUCACAGGUUGUUGACCCUGUUUUACUUCAGCAUUCUAACUCGCUAAAUGACAGCAUGCCAUCAUUGAAAGAAAGAAGAGCUACAUGGAGUGGGCGAUCAGUGUGGAUUGAGCCAGCUCUCUCAGGAAGAAUUCAAGUGCCACACUCGUUUGCUAUUCAUUCAUACAAGAGGCCAACGAACUGUCAGAUAUGCAAGAGACUGGUCAGUGAUAUGUCUCCUAUUCAGUUUUAUUCAGGGAUAAUUUUAUCACUAACUUGGGGACAGGGAUUUCCCCGGGUACUAUUAGCAUGACUGCUGCCUUCUUUCAUCGGAAACGAAAGAGGAAUAGGAUAAAAUUAGAACUUCUUAGAGCUCUGUUCAGUUCUCCUGCUACUAACUGCCUAUACCCAACAAAUUGAAUCUUUGUGAAAGCCAUGUAGUUCCUCUUCGUUAUAGGCAAAUUCUUGAUCACAAAUUUUUUCCCCUUUCCCAAUUGUAACUACAUACCAUUUUGUAAAGUUACAAAAAAGUCAAGUUCUAAAUUUCUAAAGAGCAGAGCAUUACCUAGUCUGCUACACAGCCGUUUUUAGUGUCGUCACGCAACGCUCCUCCCCUCUAACGGCUGCUGAAAACCGACUUAGUGUGGAGGAGCAUUGCGUGACGACACUAAAAACGGCUGUGUAGCAGACUAAGCAUUACCCCGCCAUGAAAAUAAUUUCGUCAGCAUAUGCCUAAUUAAUUCUUGGUAAUAUGUGAUGUUGAAGCCCAAAUUUGAACUGAGAAUGUACAGGUUGUAUGGAGUUUUAGACACUUUGCGUCUCAAAAACUUGUUAGUUGUCUGAUGGCUUCAAGGUACGGGAAAACGGGCAGCAAAAAACGUGAAACGAGUUGAAGAGCGAUCAUCAUGUUGCGCGUUUUACUAUUCCACGAAAAAGAGAAACACUUUGCAACCUUAUUUGUUGCAAAGCAGGUUCGAACUUUUUGGUAAAACGCGCAACAUCGCUCUUCAACUCGUUUUGCAGCGAUGUUGGAAAACAAGUUGCGCGCUUUUUAGUUGCCCGCUUUUGCGGUAGCUUAAGCAAAUGGUGCUCUGAAUUUAAGUGCAGUUACUUGAUCUUCUCAAGGGAAAUGCGGUCAAUUUUCUUUUUGCAGUUGAGAGGUUUGUUUCGUCAGGGACUUCAGUGCAAAGGUAAGGAAUUUGAGUGUGAAUUAUCACGGAUAAACUUAGGUUCGCCAAUUCUGGGCAAGGAGACCGCAACAUCAUGUGGCACCAAUUACCGCGGGCCCGUAACAGUCCCUCUUGCCGAUAGCCUGCGUGGCAGGCGUUUGAAAGGGAAGGGAAAACGCGUUUCAGGUGCGAGAGAAACGCGAAGGUCCCUUCCUUUCCCUUUCAAACGCCUGCCACGCAGGCUAUCUUGCCGUAAGAGAUGGAUCACCACACCGGGGAGUACGUCACCUACUCUUUACGAACAGCGUGUGGGUUCUUUGAUGUCCUUCAGAAUUUAUACGUGCCGGAGUUAUGAGACAGGAACUAUGGUUUAUCGUCCUUAUCCGAGAAGGCUAGAAAGUUUAACCGUUUGCAGGUGGCUUUUCAAAGGCAGCACUUUCUCCCCAGUUAUUUAAAGACCCUGAGUGUUGGUUUGGCCGGGGUUUGAACCAGCGGUCUCUCGCUCAGCAGACCGGUGCUUAUCCGUUAACCGGGCGGCGGUUCCGUACCCGCCGUUUUGUUUCCCUUUCAACAUGUAAACUCUCAUUUUCUUCAGUGGCGGAUUCAGACCUGUAAGUAGUUGGGGUGUAGCUUAUUCAGCCCUGAGAUACGAGAGAGAGCUGGCCUCCAAACUAAUUUUUCUCAGCCCUAAAGGCCUCAGUUUGGCCUAAAAAUAAUGUUGGGGCCCGGGUUUCCCGGGAUCCUUUCCGAGAUCCGCCACUGCCCUUUUCUGUACCGAUCUACAACAUUUUUUCGUCACCGGUCGCAAAAAAAAAAAAGAAAACUCAGGGCUUUUAACUCCCGUGUCCCUUUACCCGUUGGUACGUUGCAAAACUUGUUGGUGUAAACAAUCAGAUUUUAUCUGGAACCGUGAUUUGUUUCCUCCCAUGCCGUUCCGUCAUUUUUAACGAAUGAACGGGCCUUGAAUAUGGGCAUGUUAGUGAGUGACUAAUUUCCUUUUUUUUGCAGAUUGUAAGUUCAAUUGUCAUCGGAGAUGUGCAGAGAAGGCGCCAAAGAACUGCCGAGGUGAAGUGGCAAUGAUAGAUACAGGUGACUUGAAAAUACAAUGGGAUUUUUGGAAACCUAAAGAGCGUCAUUGCCCGAAGUUGAUCCUAUGUCAUAUGCACCAUCAGUAUACCCUUUAGCUGGCGAAUGUUUUUUUUUCCUUUUUUUUCUUAUUGACCAGACACAGCGAGUUAUCAGUUGCAUUCAUUUUUGCCUUUAUUUUCACUUGUAAUGUCAUAAAACCAGUUUUGUAUGGCGUUUUUAUAAUUGGCUUUAUCUUUGAUUCUUAGCCUCGCUAUAUUCAACUGAUUCGAGCACCAUUUCAGAAAGUUUCUCGGAGAUGGAUCUGUCCCAUGAUAUGACCUACGGGGAGCAUGAUGAGUAUGAAUGUGAAGUAGAGUCGGCCAGCCGAAGUAACCAGGAGGAAAUCUGCGAGCCUCCAAGUCCUUCGUCGCCGGACAGCGAUCAGCAACAGCUGACUCCGACGAUCAGCAAUAAUAUUCCUCUUCAGCGGAUUGUUGUAUCGGUAAAACACACCAAGAGGAAAGGAUCCAAAGUUCUUAAACAGGGUUGGAUGGUGCACUUCACUAACAAGGAUAUGCAGGUUAGCACAUAGCCUUCCAAGCUUAAGUAAGGCAGCGUGGCUGACCGGUUAGAGUGCUGGAAUUGUAAUCCGAGGGCCCCGAGUUUCAUCCCCGUCCUACCCGCUGGCUGGAUUUGUUCCCGGUAGUCCCGAGUUCAACUUCACGGUCACGAUUGUAAGACAGCUGGUUUGUCUUUAACCGGGCUGUUGGGAUUCUUUAAGUUGUUAUGGUUUAUCCUCAAAUGUUUGUUUCUGGCCUAAUUUGUGGGCCACCUAUUGUGUUACCCCAAUAAAGUCAAUUUUUUUUAGGGCUUUGUCACGCGUUCGUAGGGAAAGAACGUGUAACUAAGCCUAGCCGGCAAGCAGGCUGCCUCAGGGGCUCUGUGGGCGGGGGAGAUGAAAGUUUUCUAGCUCUCCCCAGACCUCCCUAAGAGAGCUUGCUCGCAGGCAAGACGAAACCCUAAGAACGCCUGCAUGGUUGUUAAAAAUUCUCAACCUCCGAAAAUGCAUUUAUUAGGCGAACUCGGUCCGGCUAACAGCCUGAAUCCUGCACAAAUUAUUAAAAAGGACGUUUUGUAAAAUUAAAUACAAUUUGUCGAAAGCCAAGGUCGAGAAUUUAAUAAGACAAUUAAUUUAUUCCUUGCGCCUUUAUUGGAUGCGAUAUUGGUUCUAUUCAAUAUCCAGCGCCGGCUUAUAAAAAAAUGUUAUUUUUAUUCAUUCCGCUUGUUUUUCUUUUUUCUUCAGAGAAGAAGGCAUUACUGGAGACUAGACACGAAGUGUUUGACGCUGUUCAAGGACUCCACAAGUAGCAGAUAUUACAAGGUAACUUAGCUAUGGAGGUUCAAUGGUUCUUGCCAUGAUGCGAAAGUUGUCAAAGACGAGAUGCAGUGCCGCCGGCUUGAGCUGAAGGGUCGGACAUCGGUCGUUUCGAUACAAGUCAUUUCAAUGCAAGGUUGCGCAAAAAUUUUAACCACUUUUAGUAUAGUUUCAAGUGUAGUUAGUUUUAAGUAUAGUAGCGUAAAUACACUGUAGCCUCGAAAUAAACUUAUAGAGACGAAAAAAGGAUGAAGAACUAACCUAGCCAAGUUAUCCCGCAAAAGAAAAUAUAUUCUAAGUAUAAUAGCUUUUUUGUAGUUUUGCAGAAUUUUCAUGUUCUUUUUUCGCUUCUGCAGGAGAUACAGCUGUCAGAAAUUCUUUCGGUUGACUCGAACAUCGACCCCCUAGCAACGGAUGCCACACGAGCUCCCCACUGUUUUGAGAUGAAAACACGUGACAUGGUCUACUACGUAGGGCAAGUCGAGGACGAGAACGAAACACCAGACCCUGAUAGUGGCAUAGGAACAGUAGCGGGGCAAGCCUGGGCCCAUGUCACGCGGUCUGCUCUGAUGCCAGGUUGCGUGACACCGACAACAAGCAGUGCCCCAGGAUCAACAGCUGGUAAUUAAAAUUAGCCUGUGUAACAAGCGUUUCCUCGCGAGUUCGUCGAGAAAGUUGCUCCCUUAAUUAAAAUAUGAAACGUUUUUAGUAUGACAGCCAUGACGCAGUCCCUUUAAAUUCACCAGCCAGCACUUUUACAGAAGUUUUUGUUAAGUUUAGCGAAAGGUAAAGCCUAUGCUUUUCUAAACAGCCAUGAGUGACUAGAAAGAGCUACAGUGAUUGUCCACCAUUUAAACUGAGCGUAUAAUAUUUUACCAUUUUCAAAAACUUGAAAUUGUUCAUAUAGCCCUUUUGUCAUCUAAUGGUAUGGUGAGACAGUUAGGUUAUUCCCCACAGACCGCCUAAGUUAAAACCUUUUUGCAUAGCACACCAAAAAAGCCACAGAAUUUCCUCUGAACAGUUUUCGUUUGAAUUAUGUGAUAACUCUGGGAACAAGGGUGUCACCAAGGGGUGGGGGAUACAAAGUGUCCGUACCGAACCUCUCAUCCCUGGGAACAAGGGUGUCACCCAGGGGUAGGGGAUACAAAGUGUCCAUACCGAACCUCUCAUUUUGUUUCUCCUAAAACUCAACAACAAGUUGCCAAAGUGUUGUUUAUUAAUUUUCUUGUUAGCUGUCAAUAACACAGAUGUUGAGAUGGAAGUUACACAAGAAGAAGAGAGACCUAAAGAUUCACACACGGUAAGUACACUUUACUCACGUGAUAAAAUAACUUAACUCACAUUGUUGAUUAACCACAAUCAGAUUCACUUCGCAAGGUAACUCUUGUCACGUGAUAAGGUCACUGUACUAUCGAGGUAAAUUAGGUGGUCGGUGAAAAAUCAAACCCAGCCCACUUUCUUUCAAAAGACAUAAUAGGUGCCUAUUCCCACGAAGACCUUGAUGAGCAUUGUGCUUUGAAUUAUAUUACUCGAACCCUAACCAGCUCGGUCCAAUCAAUCGGUUUCUCUUGGUAACACUAUCUGUAUUGCUCGAACGGAAGAAGAGAAGAAUUGGGGUGAGAUGGAAGAAGAGCGCGUCUCGUUCUUGUCUUGUUUGUUUGUUUUUGCCUGUUCGUUUUGCUAGCGUCCAGAGAAAAGAUGCUCAAAACAAUCUUCCUGUUAGCCUGCGAACAGGCUGCCAAGUGGAGCGGGGCGAAAAAGAGCGUAGCCUCGAGGAGAAAAAAGGCACCUUUUUUUCCCCCCAGGCCACGCUCUUUUUUGCCCCGCUCGACUGAAGUACACAUUUUUCAUUCAAGGGAAUAAGUUUAUCCUGCAGUUUUUUUUUGCCAUCAGUAUUGUUUGGGACGUUUUGAAACCAGUUAAACAUUGCAUUUUUGGUCUUUUAGGAUAUUAGUCACCUGUAUCAAGUAUUCCCUGAUGAAAUUCUUGGAUCAGGACAAUUUGGAAUAGUUUAUGGCGGUAAGCUGUCGCUGUAUUUCUUCCAUUGAAAUAUAUCUAUUUCUGAGCUUAGUUAUCACGGGAAUUGUUAAAAGUGGAAAUACAGUACUGCGGUUUUACUUGAAUAGCAGUUCAAAGUAGCUAGACUCGGUUCAUGUUGAAUUUAAACAAGCUACUGUAAUUUUCAAGGAGCAGUUGAAGCACUUUAUUUUUGCCCACUGAAAAGAAUCUGAAUUAUUAACUGUAAACCUCAGAGUUUAAUAUUGACCAUAGUUAAUAGUUUGGAGUCAGGAUAUGAAGCCCGUCAGACUUCUUUGUUCUAUGUUUUUGUGUACCUGACGGUGCACAAUUGCAACGUUCAAUAGCGUUCCUAUCAUUUUAACAUUACUGACCAAUAAACACUUCGCGUAAAUUUACUCAGUCACAAUUUGCCAACAGAAAACAAAGGAUUGUGUACCUUCACGGAGCUUCCAACAUAAACUGCAGCACCGUGGUUUUAUCUUUGAUGCUUGUUGUGAUUCAUAAAGCGUCUCCUCUAGUAACUAUGUUUUGACUUAGAGCGCUUUUCAAUUGAGUGUCGAAAACCAAAACCAAAGUAAUCACAACUGCCUAUCAGAGUAAAGGAAAUUAUCAGAGGAAGCCAAUGGCAACCUCGAAGUAAACGCGUGUAACCGGCCUGUAGCGCGGGAAAACGCGAGUGACCAAGGAGCGAUUGGUUUUAGUUUACAUCUCAUUGGCUGAGAGGGUGGCGCGAGUUUUCUAGACCAAUCAAACAGCGCAGUAAAGCAAAACCAAUUCAAUCCUGGAUUACUUUCAACACUCAAUUGAAAAUUGCUCUAAUACCAUUGCAGUUUACUCAAUACCAGUGUAGGGUAAAUAGUUAAGUAUUGAGUAAGGCCGUUUUAUGGUUCAUGGAUUGAUUUAUCUCCCAGCUGGUACACAAGCAGUGGUUUGUCAAUUUUGCAGGCCGUACUGAACUGUAUGGCCUGCUAAAUUUUGAAAAUUUUCUUUCCUGCGCGUCCGAUUAACAUCAUAUCGUAAUUAUCGUACUAACGGGAAAAAAAAAAUCGGUCUGUAACAUACAGUGCGGACCUCAAACUGGGUUGGUAAGAGGUACAUACAUGUAUUUCACAAGUGAGUUUCAUAUUUAUGAUUAAAAUCUGAAUUAUUCUUAGUGACAUACAACUGUUUUUUUUCAAAAAUGAAAUCUUUACUAAGAUUUAUUUUUUGCCUUUUAUAGGAGUUCAUCGUGAGAGUGGGCGAGAUGUGGCUAUCAAAGUUAUUGAUAAACUUCGUUUCCCCACCAAACAGGAAGCUCAGUUAAAGAAUGAAGUCGCGAUUCUCCAGGCUAGUAGCAAUAAGCUGCAAUUACACCUCCGAAUUUCUACAUUGCCCUUAAAUAAAUGCCGAGAGACAACUGAAAGUAAACUGAUGGCUAAAAUGGCAAUGCUUUGCAUCCCAGGUCACUCUGUAGCUUGAAUGUAGUACAUUGAAGGGGCUAUUUCAAUCUAUUUGCUAUAUUCUUGAUAGUUAAAACUUUUUUUCACAUCAAUUGAGUUAGUAAAGUAAUGGUCCAGUGUUACUAUUUAAGAUAAUACUUAGGUAUUGAAACGUUUUCUGUCGUCUACUGCAACGGAUGGCGAGGCCGAUGGACAUAGAUUGAGACUGAAGUUUUAAUGCGAUGCCUACAAAAAUUAUCGAAAAAAUUAUUAUGCUUUAUGCCCUCUGACGAAUAUCGCACUCCCCUCAUUGAUGUAUCUGUGGAUGAGUGCCGAUGUUCGACAAACUCUUCUUGAUUGCGCUUACUUACCUAUUCAGUCGGAAGAUUUAGCAAAGACAACGCCACGACUGUUUGGACCGCGUGCGCGGAUCUUAAAGCCGACUUGACCAAUCACGAAGCAGCAAAUUGAUUACCAGAAGUCGCGUUCAAUCCUGAUCUAGCACCAAGAUCUCGUCUUAUCUUGUCGCCUUUUUCGUUUUCUUAUUUGACGUUGCGUUGUCUUUACAAAAUCUGCCUAUUAUUAACUUGAAAGAUCAGGAACUGUUUGCUUGAUUAUUGGUGCCGCCUUUUUGAAGAUUAUUGUCAACCUCAUCCCUAGGCCAGAAGCGCUGUGCGAGUGAGCGCAGGAGGCUUGGCAACGAACGCGAUGGCGCGCUCGUUCCAGGCGAAUUCACUCGACACGCUUAACGGGUGACGUCAUAUCCGAACUCGCCAAGGGCAACUGGGAACGAGGCUGCUUUUUUCCGUGAGGUUGCCGUACGCGGCGUAGUGCUGCUGAUUGUGGGUUUGUAUUGAUGACUGUUACCGGCGCGGAAACCCACGGAAUAGCCAAAAAGCUUUGACUAGAAGUGUAGCUUGGGAUCGGCAUGUCAAGUAACUAGUUUGUAUUUAUUUUACAGCACGUUAAACAUCCCGGUGUUGUGGGCUUAGAGAAAAUGUUCGAGACACCUGAAAGAGUAAGUAUGUUCAGGAAAACUCAUCAUCAUACAUCACCAUACCCAAACACAAUGAAACAUGAAAUUGCAUAAAGCAAAGAUGAAUGCGCCACUUUAUAAGCGACCAGGGGACUGGAGCCGAAAUUUUGCUCCGCGAUUGUUUCUGGGAUUGUUACUUGGGAGGCGCCAGUCAGCUAUUGGCCAAUUUUUUCUCCCUGUCUACAGCAACCCCAGAGGUCUUUGCGAAAGUGAACUCGUCCCAGUUUCCUUAUUGUUCAACCCUCUAAGUCCCAAGAGUGACCAAAAUCAAUUUGCCCCUAACAAUAUCCAAUCAAUUAAGGUUUCUGGAAAACUGCCCACCCAGCCCUCCCCUAACCCAACAUUUUGCCCUAAGUGAGAAGUGAGUGUUAAUGUUGACUUAGGGGAGGGGUAGGUGGGCAGUUUCCCAGAUACCUAAAUUGACCCACAAUAUCAAUACAUAGUAAAGAGGAAAUGUUGCAAGAAUUAAUAAAGUGAUCAGCUAACAGAAAAUGCUUUGAUAUUCAAAACAAAUCCUCUUAGGUAAUUGUCAAGGAAAUAUGUGGAGAUCGGUCUGGAGAAUUUGGUUUUUGAUACUGGAGCUAAAAGGGGUUAAAAACCACAACAAGUAGACUUCUCAACGAUGCAUUUGGCGAGAGCUCCUCUAAUAUUAGCGGUAAUCAUCUUGUUUGUCUGGUUUAGGUAUUUGUCGUCAUGGAAAAAAUGAAAAGUGACAUGUUGGAGCUUAUCUUGUCAAGUCCUAAAGGCCGACUAGACGAAAGAUUCACAAAAUUCCUUAUAACUCAGGUACGAUAAAGGACGAUAGACUCCCCAGACCAGUCCUAUGGAGUGUUUUCACUCACGUGGCCAGCAUCUAUGCAAAUUUAUUGGAACAAAAGAAAGCGUUUGCAUAAGAAAAAAGUUCAACUCCCAGAGGAUUGGUUUGGGACACCAACAUGGCCGCCGUUUCAUUGUUUUGGGACACCAAUAUGGCCGCCGUGACGUCAUGUGAAAACACUCUAUAGUGGUGUGCCUCGAUACUAUACUGAGACUACCAACCCGAUCUGACGCUUAAGGAAUUUUCUUUGUCUCGCGCUCAUGGCACGACGAGUAUCACAUUCUUAUAUAUUUCCUCUCACUCUUGAUAAUGAUCAGUAGGAAGAAAUAGGGAACUUAAGCAACAACGAGGGCUACGGCUACGAAAACGUCGCUUAAAAAGUGGAUUCGCGCAACUUCAAACUUUAUCGCACUUAUUCCAACUCGUUCAAUUCGUCAAAUGUUGGCAAAUUUUUGGUAGGGUUAAAUACUAAGAGACUGUAUCAAAAUUAAGGAAAACUGAGAUAAAGAGAGUGAUUGUCGUGUGUUCCCGUCCUCGGCUCAACGUGAAAUUCGGCACUUUCACGUUGUAGUCGCGUAGCGACGGCAAAGAAAUGUACAAAAAAGGGUGACGCUCGUGCAAAGUUGUUGUUUUGCUAUUCUGAACCUAUUGCAUUUCUGCUGUUCUCGUUACCGUCACCGUCGUUGCUUAAGCUCCCUAAUGAUACACUGGAACGUAAAAAAUAUUUGCGUCGAGACAUUUCAGCCAAAUCACUUGGCUUUCAUCACUCGAAAGUUAAUUCAAGGUUACAUAGCGGUCGUGUGACCUCAGGUCGGUCACGUGAUAGAAGAAUUGCAUCAUGGAUGUUUGUUAGUUCUAGCCAACCAUCGCCGCUAACAGAGGGACGUGUUCUUUUAAUAUCCACAGCCUCCUAGAUCUUCCUUUUCAGGGUGUUGUCUUCCGCGAGUAUAAUCUUCACGUUACAAGAUGUGAUGGGAUGACCUGAUGUAGAGCAAUGUUCUUGUAUUGCAGACGACGUUUUAGGUCAUGACGAAAUAUAUCGAGCUGGUGGUGGAUCCAGGGGAGGGGCCUGCCCCCCCGUCCCCGCUUAUUUUUAGACCAAACUGAGACCUUAUUUGAAGGUCUGGAUUUGCUACUGUAAGCAUGAGACGUAGUGUUUCAUCACCAGAUGAAACACGGAGAAGAGAGUUGAAAAUACGUUGGCAACGGAGUAUUUUUUACGAACUUCUUCUGGUGAUGAAACACUGUGUCGAAUGCUUGAUAUAACUUCUCCAAAAAAUUUAUUUUAGAAGGAGAAAUUAAGAAUGCAAAAAUGAGCAGUUUUUCAUCUGAUUUCCGAACACUCAUUAAACAUGAUAAUGAUGUUCGAAUCAUCGAAACUUCUUAAGUUUCAAAUUUUCUUGCUGACUGCUUCAACAAGCAACUGACCAUAGCGUCUCCUUUGGUAUUGCAGAUUUUAGUAGCUCUGAAAGAUCUUCAUGCCAGAAACAUCGUUCACUGUGACCUAAAGCCCGAGAAUGUGUUACUAUCUUCAGUUACCAAUGAAUGUGGCUAUCCUCAGAUUAAACUGUGCGACUUCGGUUUCGCUCGUAUAAUCGAAGAGAAGUCGUUCCGUCGAUCUGUGGUCGGAACACCAGCUUACCUUGCACCCGAGGUCCUGCUUAAUAAGGGGUACAAUAGAUCGCUGGAUAUGUGGUCGGUUGGUGUCGUCUUGUAUGUAAGGUAGGCCUCGAUAUUACUGUGCCGUGGAUUAGUAAAAGUCAAGAGCACAGUUAAUCGGAACUCAUAGUUGUUAUUUCUGAAAAUUUUUUUCAAGUCGGUAAAAGUAAGGUGAAGUUAGCAUGCCGACAGCCGCCCCUACCCUUAAACAAAAUCGGGGAUUUUUUAUAAGAGAGGUAGGGUGGAGAUGGGGGCUGUAAAAAGGCUAGGUUGAGUCUGCAUUCUAGCCAAGUGGCUCACCAGGCCGGAGCGUAAUCCGGUUUUGCAAGUAUUAAACGACUAAGGAUAUUUCAAUCCCCUCGGUCGGGUUGCCUAUGCUUGUACUGAUAAAUACAGCUGGGUUCACUCUGGGGGUUGAAGUGUCUUGCCCAAUGAGUGAUGAUACAGCACAAUGUCCCUGCAAAGUCUAGUGCACUUGGUACUGGGUCAAAGCGCCUCAGAUCCUUAUAGUUGUGGAGGAAGCAUGGUCGAGCGGUUAUAGCGCUUAAAUUGUAAUGCGGAGUCCCCGAGUUCAAUUUCCUCCUUAACUGCUAGCUGGAUUUGUUCUCAACAGUUCCGAGUUCAACUUUUUAGUCACAUCUGUAAAUAGCCAACUGGUUUGCCUCUGGCCAUUGGGAUUCUUAACCUGGUGGGCCACAAAGAAAACCUUUGGUUCGCUAGUGAAUGUGUUACCGCUUUUCAAGUUAGGGUUUUUAAGUCAGGGUAUAGUUACCCUAUUUAGAGGUGUUCUUUACUUUUUUCUUCAGUUUAAGUGGUACUUUCCCGUUUAACGAAGAAGAAGAUAUACAAGAUCAGAUUCACAAUGCUGAGUUCAUGUACCCAUCGGAUCCAUGGCUGGAGAUUUCAGCUAAUGGUUUGUGAAAUUAUAUAGACAUCAUGAAGCGUCCACUCUCUCGGUCCUAUAAAUCUCUUUUUCUCAGUGUCGCAGUGUCAGUGUUCGUAUCGUUAUUUAAUAUUGUUUUGUGCCAGACAGUGAUCCCUAAUUGCACAGAAAAUUUUUCGCUUCCACUUCAUUUCGAUUACGAAAACGUUUGAACACUGUCCCAGUGCGGCAGUCUUCAAAACUGCUGUCUGGUGGUUGAAAUGCACCGUUUCAUGGCUAGUCAGCGAGAAUGAUGCUUUCACAAGCAAAAGCGCAUUAAUUUAGACGAAUGGUAGUUUCCUACGCAGCCCGUAAUUUGUGACGCCACGCCACGCUCUUCCUGACAACGGCUGCGCGAGAGAUUAAACGAAUAGUUCGGGAUGUGCGUCCAGUAACUCUCCCCCACCCUUUUUUAGUUUCAGCUCCGUCCUCACACACUCUCUCUUUCAUUUUUGUAAAGUGCAUCCUAUAGAGUUGUGUCUAUUGAUCUUGGCCGUCGCUACCCCCCUCCCCCCCGAUCCAUCCACUUCCCCAAAUAAUCCCAUAAGUUAUUGCGCGGCUUCUUUCCACCCAGGAUUCGACUCUUUUCCAGUAUAUUAUUAGUUCUCUGAAUCUUACCCAGGGUUCCCCGGGGUGUCUUGUUAACUGACUGGUCGUUGGGGAAAAAAGUGGAAGUGGAAUCGGGAAGAAAAUGAUUGGUCAUCCUAUUAUAUUGCUGUUUGGUCUAACACCAACUGAUUUGGUGUUCCAAUUGUGUGUUUCACCGGCUAACUGUCGCCAUUUGCGUCCAUGGCAAAGUCGCGUUGCCUUUAAUUCAAUUUUAUUAUACAGUGGAACUUCCUUAAGCGGCCACCCAAGAUGUCGUGAAUUGUCGGACACUUAAAGGGACUGUGUCACGGCAGUCCACUUAUUUUGUUUAAUUUUGCCAAUUUCUCCCCCUCAGUAGCUAUGGAACUUAAAGUAAGCAAAGAAACUACAUGUAAAUGACAAAAUCAGAGAUCCUAGACAAACAAAUAUGUCUCUUGAGCAUUAUUUUGAAGUUGCAAGCAGCAGGGAUCAACUUUAAAAAACUGUAAGGCUGAACAGUUUUCAAAAACCCUAAUUUCAAUCCGUUUCACUCCUCUUCAGUUUAGCCCAUCCGUGGCAACUGUUGUUUCUGAUAUGUUAUUUUAACCUUCCUUUAAAGUUUUAAGCGGUUAUUUUUAUGUUUCUCUUAAUUUAACGGGCAUUUUGUAAUUUCCUAAUUUGGCUGACUUUCGUGACACAGCACCUUUAAGGGAGGCGGUCCUUUUACGAGAGGUUCCAACUAUAGAGUCAUGGUCUUUUAUGAGAAAUGGUCCCUUAAAAUGGUUUUUCAACUGUCUUUGUACUGAAACGUCUUGUAUGAAUAUCAGAUGAGGUCAGUUCAUGUUGCAACAAUAUCUUCUUUUUCUUUCCAGGUAUUGACUUAAUUAAAAACCUCUUACAACUCCAACAACGCUGUCGAUUCACGUGCGAUAAGUCGCUCAUUCACGCGUGGCUCCAGGUAAAUAACCACCACGUAAUUCUCUGUCAAUAGUAGGGAGCUUAAGCAACAAAGACGGCGACGGCUACAAAAACGUCACUUAAAAAGUGAAUUUGCACCGCUUCAAACUUUAUCGCGCUUAUUCCAUCUCGUUUACUUCGUCAAAUGUUGGCAAAUGUUUUUGGAGUUGAAUUCUAAACGACUGUAUCAAAGUUCAGGAAAAGAAAAGAAAGUUGUUGUCUUGUGUUCCCGUCCUCGACAAAACGUGAAUUCAGGCACUUUCACGUUGUAGUCGGGCAACGACGGCACGGAAAUGUACAAAAAAAAGCGUGAUGCACGUGCAUUGUUGUUGUUUUACUAAUCAAACCUAUUGCUUUUUGGCCGUUUUCGUUGCCGUCCGCGUCGUCGUUGCUUAAGCUCUCUAGUUAUAAUGAACUGUUACUUCAAAGCUUACUGGGCUAACCAAUUCUGAUUGUUGAUCAUAUGUAGAAUUCUGUUCAUUGAAAAGUGAACACUUAUUAGUUCCUCAAUAUAGAUGUCAAUCAGAGGGUUUUUUGCGUGACGCGCUGUCCGUUUUCGGUAGAAAAGAAAAGGGUGCUUUGGGUGUCACUUCUCGUUAAAAAUGCACUUUAUUUUAGUGCCGAUGCGUUUAGCUCGAAAGUACUAAUUGGGGACACUAUUUUUACGUUCCCUAUUGGAGACGGGACCACCAUUUCACGUGGUCAUCCGAGCCACACGAAGGUGUAGCCGCUGGCAUUGCAAAGGUAGUACCUUCAUUUCUCAGUUAUUUUGAGACUCCGAGUGUUGGUUCGGUCGCGAAGUCUAACCCGCGACCUCCCGCUAUGCAAUCAGGCGCUCUACGGUCUGAGCUAAUCCUGCGGCGAUUAACUGUUUUUGAGCGAUGAAGUAUGUUGCACCGGUAACUAACCACUCAUUGAACUGAGUGUUCAAAGCAACUUCCUUCUUUGAAAUCAUCGUAUUCUUUUUCAGGACUUCCAGACCUGGCUGGACUUGAGGAGUCUGGAAGGUGCUGUUGGCGAGCGUUACCUUACACACGAAAGCGAUGACGCCAGAUGGCAAGAGUACAGUGAACAACUCCAAGCCAGUCAACACAGAGAACCAGCGCGGGAAACAACGCGGCCGACCAAUAACAGAUUUUUCCCGCCAAUGUCACCAACAGAACGCAGGCUGCAAACGAGUAUAAGCUUUUUGUGAGACAGCUGUGCUCGCAUUUUUAAUGAAUUGGUAUUAAUGUAAGGGGAUUUAAACGUUUUAUCGCUCAGGAGACAGGCAACUUUAGUGGUAUGAUCUAAGCCUUUCGCUGUCAAGGCAAAAAUUGAGAACAGAGAUGUGGCUUCUACUGUUGUUUAAGUGGAUGAAAUCCUUAAGUGUGAUCACUCAAAUGAAAGCUAGUGAGCAGACCUUUCCUCUGGUGCUGUUUGUUAUGCUGUACAAGGUGGUUCUAACUUUUGAGUGUGUGGCUUAAAUCCUAUUGUGUGACUAUUGUGUGGUCAUAGAUAAAAACAUUCUUGUGCAACGAAAUGAAUUGAAACAAUUAAUAUUUACGGUCUGGCAAAGCCUUAUGGCCAGAACUUAAAGCUUGCGUAGAACAGCUUCCCUAAAAUCACUUUUGAGCGAAAACGUACGGGGAGCGGGGAGGGUGGGUUGGAAUUUUAUCUACGCGAUUUUAUAUUUUUCCGUAAAUUCACCUUAAAAUGUUCGAUGUUGCAAUUGUAAUAAUAGGUAAUUAAGUAAUGAAUUAAUUCCAAAACGCCAAGUUACCCAACAAUAUUGUAUUUUAUCAAAUUUGUCAGUGAAUAAUUUUAAGAACAGCAACGUAGUAACAAACGUAAGUUAUUUGUAGUUUUGUCUUUAAAAGAAGAUGAGCAAUUUCACGUUUUUGUACAGUUGAAGAAGGGUGUAGGAAUUUUCCUGACAGUGGAAAACGUAUUAUUACUAAAGGAACUUUUUGUUCGCCUCAUGGAAGGGAUUCCAAGACAGUUGGAUUCUGGAUUCCACGCGGUGGAUUCCGGAUUCCAGGUACUUGCAGGUGGAACUUGGAUUCCGGAUUCCAAUCGUUAAUGGCAUUCCGGAUUCCUUAAGCUGUAUUCUGGUUUGCAAAGCUCAGGAUUACGGAUUCCACUAGCAAAAAUGUCCUGGAUUCCGGAUUACACAAGCAAAAUUUAUCGGAAUCCGGAAUCCGCAUUCCCCUACACAGGGCGAUUUUAUCCACCAGCUCCAAUAUUGUGAAGCGUAUAGGUUGAGAAAACCUUUUCUGCGAACUCGUUUUGGCGCGUGUGAACCUCUUAAAACCAUAUUGACAGAGUUUGGUAAACUAAUUUGGUAUGUUGGUGCAGUGUAUUGUUCAACUAACGUUCCUACGCGAGAAGACUACACGGUCAUUUGCUUACCUGUAAAUCCUAUGCAAUUUGGUCAAACGGUAGGGGUUUUUAGUACCAUAGAAUGUGAUAAAUAUCACAAACGUUUUUCUUACUGAUGUUAUGACCGUAGUUGUCUUUAUGGUUGUGUUUGGUAAUUUUUUUUAUGAAAUUACCCAUAUUGCUAUGCGUCGCGAAGGAUUUUCGACAUUUGAUGUACUAAAAUUCAUACUUGUCUUCGAGGUUUGGGGCCGAUAAAACAAACAAAAAAACGGUCGUGAAGUUCAGAGGUAAAUAACAAAUUCGCCUAAGCCUCAGAACUAAGCUUAAAUUUUAAUAUAAACUGGUCUUUUGAAAUAGCUGUAUGCGAAGAUCAUGCCUGCUAACAGUAGAGUCGAAACCGGUUUGUCGAGUAAAUACGGCAUAACGUUUAGUUAGAGUACCGAGGCGCAAUGGGGGGAUAUGGAACUAAUACAUAAUGGCUUUUUCAAUUCACGCCCAUCAAGGCAGACCUUUCUUUUAAGAGAUUGAAGCCAAAUUAAAGCUACAGUAAAACAAGCCACAAAAACAUGCAAUUUGUUUUGCAAUAUUGCUGCAAAACGAGCUAAAAAGCUAUCUUGCGCGUUUUACCAACCGCGAUCAAAAAUGUCUUGCGACUAAUCAAGUUUUUACAAGUUGCGUGAAUACUAAGUUCAGAUAAAGUUUAGUUAGAGUACCAUCGAAUUACGCGGGAGUUACGCCACAUACGGGAGUUUGGUCAGUUUGGUUGAAAAAGUUAGCCUUGAACCGGUAAAACGCGCUAAGGUAACUACAGAUUUUGUAGCAAAACUAGAACUACACUCUACCGUCUGCAACAACCUGAUUUGUUGCAAGAUAGGUUUGAUUCGAGGGUGGUAAAACGCGCAAUAUCGCUAUCCAACUCGUUUU